AUAUUAUAUUAUAAUGUUGUAUGUAAAAAAAAAAAUAUAUAUCGUUUCUCUUGACAUUGACGAAGUUCUAUAACAAUCGUCGUUUUUAGUCUGGCAUUAGUAUAAAGUUUUAAAUUAAUUCGGACUAUGUAUGUUAACAACAAUAAUGAUCUCAGUACAAUGUACAAAUCUAGUAUAAAUAUUUAUAGUAAAAUGUGUGUAAAAUAUUAAUUUGUUAAGUAUUAAAAAUACAAGUUAAAAUCGUGUGUGCUUAAUGAAUAGUUUAAAAUAUUUUGGUUCGAUUACCCAUACGAGUAAAUUAUUUAAACACGAUUUUUGAGGUGACUGAAUGGCUAGCUGUAUGACAGUAAAUUGAUGCGCUACUGGUUGGUGAUGCCAGUCAAAAAAGUUAUCCAUUUCCUGAAUAGCACACGUGAUUCGAGACUGUUGAAGAUGGUAUCCACCUCCAUUUCUUUAGAUAGGAGAUCGUAUUCUGAAAUAAAAAUACCGAAGACACAAGUAAUAAAUGAGCUGACACUAAUGGUUAGCGGAAAUGAAACGACUAAAAGCAAAGGAUAUGACAGCCCAUAUUACAUUGCGGCUGUCGUCGAGUACUACCCCAACUUGGGUUCCAAUCCUUUACAGUCAAUGCAAAACAAUUUACCAAUUUAUGAGGAUAUUAUUCAUCAUGCUAGUCAAUAUGAUGUUGAUAUAUUGGUUUUUCCGGAAGCUGGUUUAACUGGAGUUACUUUACCCGACGAUCGAAAAGAAAUCAGAAAAUUUUUAACAGAGAUUCCUUCUCCGGAAAGUAACACCAUUCCAUGUUUCACUCAAUAUUGCAGCACGGUGUUGAAUAAACUAUCAUGUGCGGCUAGACUCCAUCAUAUGUAUGUGGUAGUAAAUUUACCAGAAAUAGAAUAUUGCAAAAUAGAAGAAGACGGUUCGUGUCCUGAAGAUUUAGCCAAUUAUUAUAAUACAAAUGUGGUAUUUAAUAGAGAAGGAAAAAUCGUAGCUAGAUAUAGAAAAUUUAACUUAUUUGGAGAAUUAGGAUUUAAUCAUACUCGCUCAUCAGAAUUAUGUACGUUCGACACCGAUUUCGGAGUGAGAUUUGGAAUGUUCAUAUGUUUUGAUAUAUUAUUUCAAGAUCCUGCAGCUCGCCUUAUUCGUGAAACAGGCGUUAAAGAUAUUAUAUUUUCAACAGCUUGGUUUUCAGAAAUUCCUCUACUUACAGCCGAUUCAGUGCAAGCUGGCUGGGCAUAUACCAAUGAUGUGAAUCUCAUAGCAGCUAGUUAUAACGCUCCAUCAAUGGGCGGAGGAGGUAGCGGUAUUUACGCUGGUCGAGAGGGACCUUUAGUCAUGUUCAUGCCUGACCGACCUGGCACUCACAUAAUACUGUCAAGGGUGUUGAAAAGACAGUACAACAACUGUGAAAUACAAUCGAAGAAAUGUUCGAUUGAUAGUAACUAUCAGACAUUUUUGUCGGAUAACCUAGUCUUACCUUAUGGUAAAGAAAAAUCCCCAUCAAAUAAAAAUCGGCCCAGUGAUUUCAGGUAUUUCGCGGACAGCAGCUUCAAGUACUUCCACGUGGCGACCAUGCGGUCCGCGGACCCGGACGCCGAGCAACGGGACGACACGCUGUCCACGUCAUUCGAGUACGAGCACGACGGGUUCGAGUGCGCGAUGACGGUGCGCUGGCGGAACGAGAACAACAACGACACGACGGACUACAACUUGUUCGCGUACUCCGGCACCCGGACGUUCAGCGGCUACGUGGACGCGCACAUCGAGACGUGCGGGCUGACCACGUACAAGCCGGGCAACGGGGCCGCUGCCCAAUACGGCGGCGCCGUCGUGUACUACGACCCGCCCAAGGACCUGGUGACCAUCACCGGCAUCACGAUCGCCGCCCGGUCGCCGGACCUCGGCACGCUGCCCAUACCCAGCACGCUGGACACGAACAGCUACCCGCUGACCAACGACUACUACACGUUCAGCAAGCGGACGGUGACGGUGGGCAAGCGGAAAAUGUUGGAGAUCAACAUGGAGCUGUCCAAGCCGGUCGCCAACCUGGUCACGUUCGGCAUAUACAAGCUACCGCGGGCGGUGCACCGCGGCUGACCGCCCGGACAUCGUGAUAGCAUUAUACAUAGAUCUUAUGAGUUAUGACGUCGGUAAAACCAUUUGAACUAAAAUUCGCGACCAAUAAGUUAUAAUAUAUUAUACGCAUCGUUUGUUCGGCUUUUGAAAUAAUACGGUAACGCGGCUGUAACAAUAAUUUUAAAAUUAUACAAGGUAAAUCUAAAAAUUAAAAAAAUAAAUUAUGUUUUAUAAGAUCACGUGUCUUAUAACACGUGAGAACUCAGAACUAGUGAUAAAAAUUCCUCAUUUAUAUUUCCACGUAAAUGUUUGCGUCCUCGUGGUAACAAUUUCAGCUGAUAAACUGAUAGUUUAUAAAUAAAUAAUAAUAUAUUGUAUAAUACUGUACUGUAUUAGUAUUCAGUGUAUGUUAAUUAUAAUGGUAAUGACGUACACUGUUUUAGUCAAGUUCGGUAUUAACGAACGUUUAAAUGUAUUUUAUGUACGUACAAUCGUAAUAUAGUUUUGUUCUUUAUAUUUUUUUAUUUGUAUAACAGUGCCGUAGUCAGGAAUUCUAUUUGGGAUUGGUAUUCAUUAUAUUUUCAUCUCGUUUACAUUACAAUCUAUGAAGUUUUCAUUGUACGUGAUUUGAUUUGAUUUUAUUUAUUUUAUGUUUAUUCGAGAUAAAAUCAUUAGGUAUAUAAUGUAAAUGGGAAUUAAAAUUUAUUUAUUACUCGCCAUUACAAAUGCAUAUUUUUUUUGUUUAUGUUAUUUUAUGCGUGUACCUUCAAUUCGAUGUAAAUCUAGAUACUCGUUAGUUCCGUGUACCCCCCUUAAUUAAGGAUUAUUAGCACCUUCUCCUAGCUACGACACUGAUUUGUAAUAUUAGAGCUCACUACAAAUAACUGAAUGUUAUAAUUUAUAAACAAUCGUCAAAAUGUAUUUAUUUAUUUAUUUCAAAAAUAAAAAUGUUAUUUAACAAUUUAA